AUGGAUAUGGACCGACGUCAUUUGUAUCCACCUCAAUCACUUACAAGAUCGUAUAAUGGAAGUAAUGGUCCAUCCUCACCACCCAUGCAGAUGCAACCUCCAUAUUUUGGUAAUAUAGACGGUGGUCGUGUAACAGCAAGACCGUUGUCCUACAACCACAACCAUCAUUCUCCAGUGUCAUCACCAGCUAUGGCAGGUGAAUCCUGGGCACAGAACGCACCUGCUGGCAGUGGGAUGGCUACACGUGGUCUGAAGCGCCACUUGCCGCAGCAAUACGACGGACUUAUAUACGAUGGCUAUGAAGGAGGACCAGGCACACGACUACCGCAACAGAAGGCUGCUAGUUCUACUAGCACACCAUCUACGAUCAUGUCUCGUCGUGGACCCAGCAGUCUUAAAGGUACAAUCGCGUCUGCCAGCAAUAACAACAGCACGACACGUCUUCGCACAGCGCAGAUGCAGCAGAUGUACGGAGCACCACCAAGUGAAGAUCCAAUGCAGUACGAGCCGCUGGGUGAAGCACGUCACCCGCGAGACAGCACAAGAUACGAGACCUGGACAUCCAAGCAGCUCCGCAAAAAGUGUUCGCACCUUAAACUGCGUGGGCUGAAAAAUGUAAAGAAGCACGUGAUGGUGGAGGCAUUGUACCGUUAUUAUCGCAACCAGCGCCUUAAAGACAUGGCUGACGCUGCCAGCGCCGACAUUAACAACAGUAAAGGUGGUGUGUCAUCAAGACAGCAGAUUUUAUCACCGCAGCAGCAGCGCCGAAUGGAAGCGCGUCGUCCAUCCAAUAUUAGUGCAGAAUCACACUCCGACAUGCAGUAUCGCUCGCGAUUUGACCAGCGUAGUGUUGGUCCGUCGUCGCAGUCACAAUAUGGCUCCUCACGAUCUCGGAGCUAUGCCAACUACGGUAGCCAGAGCCCAUCGCCACCGUCAAGCGGUGGAGAUAGCGGUGGCUCGCACCCCCAGCGCACGGGCACCUCGAAGCCAUUGGACAGUGGAUAUUAUCUUGAUGAAGAAGCGAAGGCGGAAUCGCAGUACAAGGAAGUGCCAGUGACGUCAGAAGACGUGAUUCGCCUGGUGGACGUGGUGCUCUCUCCCGAGUUUGUUGACCGACUGGCGGCUGAGCUAUCGCGCUGGCAAUUUUGGGUAGAUGUGCGUGAGAUGUACAUUGCACUACUAAGUCGGCAGCAUCCACCGGGAUCAGCAGGAGCAAGUGGCAAUGCAGGUACUGGAGGCAGUGCGACAAAUUCGCGCAAUUUCAAAUGGAGUAGCAUGCAGCUGUGGGAGAUCUGGAAAGAGCUUACGUUUGCGUAUACGAAGACGUGCUUCGAGUUUACCACUGCUGGUAUGGACAAGAGAGUGGAAGACCGGGAAUAUAUUAACUUUUGCGAUGGCAGACCAGACGUGUAUUACCUACACCAGCGAUUGCAUGCUCGACCAGAUCUAUUGCAUUUGAUCAAGUCGAACGAAUACAUUGACGAAAAGUGUACCAGCGAUGCGUCCGAGUCUAUUGCACAUGAACAGCAGCAAGCCCAGCAGAAGCAACAAACUGGGCCUUUGAUCGGAUCGGGAUGUCCUAUGCUGCGCAACCACAAGCGCUACAAACGAUCAAUCCCGACUGGUCCAGCGUCAGAUGCGUACAACAGUGCGCGUGCUAUUGCAGCCUUUCGUGACGGCGCUGCGGGGACCGAUGAAACUCGUGCAGCCAGUGGAGGAAAUAGUGGCGACAAUGGGUCUGGCCAAGGUAGUGGUGACUCGCGUGGUCAUUCACCAGAAGAGAAUAGUACGGAGAAUUCGGAGACGACUGGUGAAGAAGGCAGUAGCAGCAAUACUGCCAAUUCGAACGCGAGCAACAGUUCACAAGAUGUGUCGAUGCGUGCUGCUCUAGCAGAGCAGAAAUAUUUUGGACUAUUGCUGCAGAAUUUUGAGGUGAUUUUUGAGUCUUUGCACAACAAGAAGGUGCUACUGGCAACUCUACGUAAAGACAGCAAGGCUCCGGAUCAUUUGAUAGCUGACUUGCAUGAUGACAUUCACGUAUUAUCGGCGCUUAAGAAGGAAUUUCGCAAUAAGCUGCGGCGUACGAUGCAGUGA